AUGCGUUUGAAAGGCAACUGCACCCCGCAAGGGCGGGAGAUUGGUUUUGGGGGGUAGGUGGGCAAUGGGGAGGGAGAGGGGUGGGGAGAAGGACCCCCUCUUUCCAGCUCUCCCCCGGGCGGCUGCCGAGGCCCCCCCUCCUCCCCCCCACAAACACAUCCCAGCAUCAUGUUCCUGACCUGCGGGAGGGUUCCAGCCGCCGCCGCCGCCGCCAUGGAUUACAACGGAGCUUUCCAAGCCGGCUACCAAGAAAUCGACGGCAUCCCUUUGGGCUACCUGCAGAUCGACGGGACGUGCCUGUUCGCCCUGCCGCAGGUCUUCAGCGACCUGUUUAAGGGCAUCCCGCGGGCCGCCGUCAGCAAGAAGAUGGAGAGCCUCCGCAUCCAGAGCCGCCGCUGCGACGUGCAGGAGCUGCGCACCCUCAAAGCCCUCGGCUCGGUGCCGACGCGCGCCGUCAAGUGCUCGCUCAUCUCCCAGGCGGACCUGCAGGCCCUGCGCGCCUCCUGCCAGGCCUUGGCCCCCAGGAAGAGGAAGAGGAGGAAGAAGAGCAAGCGGCGGGAAGCGGACGACUUCUUCGGCCGGCCCCGCUUGCUGCCCCAGUACUGCGCCACCGACGGCGCCUUCGGGGCCAAGGUCCGGGCCGGCUGCGGCCCGCCAGGCGCGCUCUUAGAGAAGCCUUUCGCCCGAGCCUACGGGAAAGCAGCCGCGCAGCCCCCCAAGAGCUACGGCCGGAGCUGCAGAGGGCAGCUGCUGGCCGGCGUGCUGAGCGCCUACCCCGACGACCUGCAGCUCCUGCACUCCGCCGUCCGGGCGCACCGAGCAGGCCAAACGCCCGGCCAGCCCGACGGACGGCGCGCCAAGCGCUCGGCUUGCGGCUGCUUGGCCAAGGAGAAAGGGCGCGCGGGGCCCUUCGGCGGCCCCAAGCGGCAAGGCACCUCGGCCGGCUACUCCAGCGACUCGGAUUCCAGCGGCGCCUCCAGCCCGGCCAGCUCCAGCGACUCGUCGGAAGAGGAGGAGGACGACGACGACGACUCUUCGUGCAGCAGCGAGGAAAGCAGCUCGUCCGGCUCGGAAAGCAGCUCCUUGUGCAGCGGGGACUCGGUGCAAAGCACCCGCUACAGGCAGGCGGCCCUGCCCCGCCUCCCCCCGCCGCCCGCCUCGGCUCCGGCCCUCCCGGGGGUCUCCAAAGUCCUGCGCCCGGACCCCAAUUUGCUCUUUUGGGCCCGGACGUUGCGCGCCUCCACUUUGGAAACUUUCACGCCUCUGCCGCCAAGCGGGGCGCCCCAGGAGCCCCGGCGGGACCAGUCGGAGCCUGGCCGGAAGCAGGAGGCGAAAAGCUCGCUUGGCUGCCCAGCUCCGGCCGGCGGCGCCAGGGAGGGCCCGCAGCCAAAGAACGGCGGCUUGAGGGAAGGCCCGGCCACGUGCGUCCGGGCGCGGGACCAGCUCUCCAAGGAGGCCGCCUGCCCCAGCGCCGGGCAGGAGGCUCUGCAGCUCGCCGAGUCGGCCAAGGCCGAGGAGCCGCUUCUCCCGAAGGCCUCCCCCCAGGAAGGGUCGGGGAGGGAAGCGCAUUUCGAUCGGCUCAUCCGGCAGUCCAAGCUGUGGUGCUACGCCAAAGGCUUCAGCGUCGACGGGAAGAGCUUGCGCCGGGCCGAGCAGGCCAAAGGCAGCGCCUGCGCCACCAAAAGCGGCCUCCUCGCCCUGGCCGGCAAGCCUUUGCAAGGCCGCGGCCACCGGGACGGGAGCGCCAAACGCAGGCGCGCCGAGCAGGAGAGGCAGGCCAAGGGAAGGCCCCCGAAGGGCCCCAGAAAGACGACCAAAAAGGGAGCCAGCCCGGCGCCUUGCAAACGCUUGCUCAACCCUAGCUCGGCGCCGGCCAGGCAUCCUUUCACCUUGAUGGGCACCUUCCCCUGCACGCCCGCCUUGGUGGUGGGCUCCGACGGGGAUCUGUGCCCCGCGUCUUCGCUGUGCGUAAAAGACUCGCCGCCUUGCGCCCUCGCCAAAACGCACCCGCUUUGGACCUGGCAGCUGGGCAGCAGCGCUAUCCCCGUCCCUCCCAGCCUGAAAUUCCGGGGAUACGGUUUGGAGGACCUCUAAAGGGAGAACUGAAGCGCAGUGACGUGCAACA